CUUUAACAUAUAACAAAAGCAAUUACAAAAUCCUUGACUUUAAGUACUCCAAUCCAUGAGUACACGAACUGGCAACAGUGGGGAUCACUGUUUUGAUUGCAUUGCUUUGAUGUAGUGCUCGGUUCGGUUUUAGGCUUCACUUCUUCGAAUAAGGUGUCUGAUGUCAACCUCUGUUUGAUUUGGUGCGUCAGUUGUGGCGGUCGAUGUCGACAAUGAGUAUAUCAAGCGAUGAAGUUAACUUCCUUGUGUACCGGUACCUGCAGGAGUCUGGUUUCCAGCACUCGGCUUACACAUUUGGCAUUGAAUCCCACAUAGCCCAGUCCAACAUCAAUGGCGGUAUCGUCCCUCCAGCAGCCCUUCUCGCUAUUAUCCAGAAGGGCGUAAAAUACACAGAAGCAGAGAUCAUGCUCGGAGAGGAUGGAGUUGAUCAACGGUCGAUGGAAAGCUUAUCUUUAAUUGAUGCUGUGAUGCCUGACAUAGUGGCCACAAGACAACAAGCCCUUCAGCAACAAACACAGCAAGCUGGAACUGUGUCAAAGGGUCCAGCUGGGCUUAUUAAACAAGAACAAGAACCCAACGGUGCCGAAAAUUCAACGACAUCUGGCAGUAAUUUGCCGUCAGGCAAUAACUAUGCAUCAAAUAUGCCUGGGGGUGCAGCUACUGAAUCAAUGGACGUGGACAGCAGUAUUGAGAUUCCAUCCAGCAAGGCUACCGUAUUACGAGGCCACGAGUCGGAAGUUUUCAUAUGUGCAUGGAACCCCACUCAAGACCUUCUGGCAUCAGGGUCGGGUGACAGCACUGCUCGCAUUUGGGACAUGAAUUCUGGCACUCAGAUUCCAAAACAAUUGGUUCUCCGACACUGCAUACAGAAAGGAGGCACUGAGGUUCCAAGUAACAAAGAUGUGACCUCUCUAGAUUGGAAUUGCGAUGGAAAAUUCCUUGCCACUGGCUCUUACGAUGGCUAUGCAAGAAUCUGGACUACUGAAGGUGGACUUGCGAGUACUCUAGGCCAACACAAAGGUCCGAUUUUUGCCCUGAAGUGGAACAAAGAGGGCAACUACAUACUCAGUGCAGGCGUGGAUAAAACUACCAUUAUUUGGGACGCAAAAACCGGCCAGUGCACCCAGCAGUUCUCUUUCCACUUGGCUCCUGCAUUGGACGUUGAUUGGCGAAACAACACCAGCUUUGCUUCCUGCAGCACUGACCAGUGCAUUCAUGUUUGCGAGCUGCACCACGAUAAGCCCACCAAAUCAUUCCAAGGGCACACCAAUGAGGUUAAUGCUAUCAAGUGGGAUCCGACAGGGUCCCUUUUGGCCUCAUGCUCAGAUGACAUGACGCUAAAGAUUUGGUCUAUGAAACAUGAUAACUGUGUGCAUGACCUGCAAGCUCACAAUAAGGAGAUAUAUACGAUCAAAUGGAGCCCAACUGGCAAAGGGACAGCAAAUCCGAUUUUGGCAAGUGCUUCUUUUGACUCGACUGUUCGACUGUGGGACGUGGAUAGAGGCGCGUGUAUCCACACCCUGACAAAGCACACGGAGCCUGUUUACAGUGUUGCAUUUUCCCCUGAUGGCAAAUAUCUGGCUUCUGGCAGCUUUGAUAAAUGCGUUCACAUUUGGUCAACCGAGAAUGGAAACCUGGUGCAUAGCUACAAAGGCACAGGAGGUAUUUUCGAAGUUUGCUGGAACUCUAGAGGAACUAAAGUUGGCGCGAGUGCAUCUGAUGGAAGUGUGUUCGUUCUGGAUGUGCGUAAUCUGCGUGCCCCUUAAGAGAAUCGUCCACGUGGGCUGGGUUUUAAGGCUUUUUACAUUUACAAUGGUAUAAUUUUACACUGGCAAGUCUCCUAUAAAUUUUUCGACAAGGACGCGUCGUCCAUGAAGUUUGAGUUAACGUGAGCUGCAUUCAUCUUCACAAGUGACAUGGGAACAGAUUUUCCAGAGACAAAGUUACUGUGAAUUGGUGGUUCCUGGAAGAAGAUUUGUCAGACAUUAGAGAUACCUUUCGAGUCGGAGACGCGCCCCACACUCGGCUAUCAAGCUUAAUUUUUACCGAAUUAACUAAGUGCAAACUUCUCAUCAUUGCAUUAAAAUCUCAUAAAAAAUAUUGCUUUGUUUCUCCUGUUCCCUGCUCUGACCAAUUUUGGGAUAAAUUGGAAUAAAAAGCCUGAAUAUCAAGUUUAA